AUCUCAGUUUCGGAGCGGCAGAGAAUCAGCGAGGCCGCGUAUUUAUUUAUUUAUCGUGUUAUCUAGGUUCCAGUUGCAGCAGACAUGGAGAGGGAAAAGGAACAGUUCCGUAAGCUAUUCAUUGGCGGCCUCAGCUUUGAAACAACAGAGGAGAGUCUACGGAAUUACUAUGAGCAGUGGGGAACGCUUACAGACUGUGUGGUCAUGAGAGAUCCUGCAAGUAAAAGGUCCAGAGGCUUUGGCUUUGUAACAUUUUCUUGCAUGAAUGAAGUUGAUGCAGCUAUGGCAACACGUCCGCAUACUAUUGAUGGCAGAGUAGUUGAGCCUAAACGAGCUGUGGCAAGAGAGGAAUCUGCAAAACCUGGUGCCCACGUCACUGUUAAGAAAUUGUUUGUCGGUGGCAUUAAGGAAGACACAGAAGAGCAUCACCUUAGAGAGUACUUUGAGGAAUAUGGCAAAAUUGACAGCAUUGAAAUCAUUACAGACAAACAGUCUGGAAAGAAGAGAGGCUUUGCCUUUGUGACCUUCGAUGAUCACGACCCAGUUGAUAAGAUAGUUCUGCAAAAGUAUCACACAAUAAAUGGCCACAACGCAGAAGUAAGAAAAGCCUUAUCUAAACAAGAAAUGCAAGAUGUUCAGAACACUCGAAAUAAUAGAGGCGGCAACUUUGGCUUCGGAGACUCCAGAGGUGGUGGAAACUUUGGUUCAGGACCAGGAGGCAACUUCAGAGGAGGAUCUGAUGGUUAUGGAGGUGGCCGUGGUUAUGGUGAUAAUGGCUAUAAUGGAUAUGGUGGUGGUCAAGGCGGUGGCAACUAUGGAGGUGGACCCAGUUAUGGAGGAGGACGAGGAGGAGGCUAUGGAGGUGGUGCUGGCUAUGGCAACCAAGGAGGUGGAUAUGGAGGAGGCUAUGACAACUAUGGCGGAGGAAACUAUGGUGGUGGUGGAAACUACAAUGACUUUGGUAACUAUAAUCAGCAGUCUUCCAAUUAUGGACCAAUGAAGAGCGGUGGAAACUUUGGUGGAAACAGGAGUAUGGGAGGAGGACCAUAUGGAGGAGGAAACUAUGGUCCUGGAAACGCUAGUGGUGGAAAUGGUGGAGGAUAUGGAGGAAGAAAUCGUUAUUAAAUUUAAAACCUUUUUUAAUCCCUCUUGGGCUUCACUGUAUAAAUAGGAGAGGAUGAGAGCCCAGAGGUGUAACGCAGCUGCAGGUUAUCGAAUUAACAAUGUUAAGGAGACUUAUCUCAGUCAUGCAUAAUACAUGCAGUGAUAUGACAGAAGACACCAGAGCAGAUGCAGAGAGCCAUUUUGUGAAUGGAUUGGAAUAUAUUUAAGUACAUUACCUUACGAUGGAGGAAGGACUGUAAAUUAUAUGCCUUUGAGUCAGUUUCAUAGGUUUUUAACUGUUGUAGUGGUCAUUGUAAAGAGUGCAGCAGCAUUCCUUUUGAUAAUGUUAUAUUUUUAAGUUUCAGGUCACUUGAGACUUUUUUUGUUUUGUUUUUUCCUCGGUUUGAAAAUUAGCCAGGAUCAUGGUGUAAUAUGAGCCUUUUUAUUUAAAAAUUUUUCAGUGUGUAUAGUUAAGCUGUUGUACACUUUCAUUUAAUAAAAUAAUUCAAACGGAAA